AUGGAUUUUUACCGACGAUUCAACCAGGCCUCCUAUCCACCCCGUCCGUCGCCUUUGGGGACCUCACAAGAAGCACGCGACGGACACGAAUCAUCUCGCAACCAUACCUCGCCGGCCUCCAAUGAUCCUCGUCGAGCAGAUGAAAAGGCUCGACCUUCCAACCAUUGCAAUUAUGCCUCUCAUACCCCCGCUCCAGUCUAUUCUCCGGGCGCAUCGCGUGUGUCACACCCGCGUCCAGAAAACACCAGCGCACAGGCUUCUCCGGACAGGAAUUACCAGGUACAACCUCAUCGUCGCAGUGCCAGUGGUCAUGCAAGUGGAGAGGUGAAAUAUUACAAUCCACAAGCGCACCGCAGAAAUAACUCCCAGCCACAAGCUGGCCGCUCUCAAGAAGGACAACAAGAAUCCUCUGCUCCCCCCGGCUUCGAUAAUCGACAAAUGCCUCCUCCGUCCUCACCUCACUCUUAUUUACAAUCUGCAAACCCGCCCGCCUCAUCCCUACUACUUUCACGCAAUAUGAAAAACCACCAGCCUCAGCGACUAGGGGGACCAGGGGGACCAGGCAGUAGCAUGUCAAUCUCUGCCAUGCUGGGAUCUGAUGCAGAACGCCCGGCGCGAGACUCGGCGUCGUCUGCACGACCCUCCGCCUCGUCACUUUUCGGCGUAGCACCAACAUCCGUUACAGCAGGCAUGUCACCACCUACUAUUCCGGCUCGACCAUCUCCGGUAGAUCUCCGUCGAUCCGAAACCCCCGAGCAGUCUCGUCGACUUUACCGAUCUGGCUCUGGCGGCGCAUCUAGUCUUCUGAGUAAUGAUCCAUCAAGAUUCAGUAGCUUGCCUCGCGUGUCAUCCUCACAAUACCCCGAGAAGGCCCACUCAACGCAACCUUCCCCUCAUAUUUCACCGACCGAUUCACCCUACGAGCCCCGUCGCAUGAGUAUCAGUGGUCCAACCCCUCGACCGAGCAGCCAGCCACCUAAUGCGGAACCAUCCGCGCGUCAGCCGGGCUAUAGCCCACUUUCUCGCCAAUCGAGCGCCCUAUCCGACCGAUUUAACCCUGGCCAGAAAGCAUCUGCAUCCUACGCGGCCGGUGACCCCCAUUCACCCUUUGGAGCCUUCUUUGGAGAUCGCCGCUCCGAAGAUAACGCGUACAGAGAUCGUGACCGGGAUCGUGCAUCUAAUGGUAUGGAGCCAAAGGGACAACUUACGGGGCCGUCACGUUUCAGCUCGGUCUAUGGGGACCUAGGACCUGCCAGUGUGGAUCGUCACCCAUCUUCCCCGGAGAGCAAGCGCUUCCAAACAUCUGAAUUGGCUUCACCGGGCUUUGGGUUUGGUGCGAUUCAAAGUUACACCAAAUCUUUGGGGUCUCAUCCUGGUGGCAGUCGCCAGCCAUCGUCGCUGCACUCUGGACACGGCCCUUCUCCCGGCGACUCGCCCUAUUUAAAUAUACAGCAGCCACAACCACCUCCACGCCUAGGGUCUACCCCAAAUACAGUGGCGGCGGGUGCCGGACUUCUUGGAUUAGCUGCUGCCGGGGAAGAGGGACGACGCAAGGGGAGCGAUGAACUCCUACAGCACCGCAAUUUGCUUGCAGUGGGUGUAGAUGGAAAACGAGGCGGACGCGCAUCUCCUUUGCCUCAAGCUGUACAGGGUGCACAGGCCCCAUUUAUCAAUCCCUCUGGGGAACCCAGCAUCAAGAAUGAGCUGGGAAGGGUAUUUUCCGGUAUUGGCAGUGGCGUCGGUGGUGUGACCGCUGGUGCAUCUGGCAGUGGACCAUCGACCCCGUUGACUGCAAGCCCAUUCAAGCGCGACGGUGCUACUGGUCGCUCUGUGAAUGGAGAUGGACACGACAAUAGCAGAAAUCCUCGUCCGCUGUCUGCCUCUGGUAACAGGCGAUCAAGGAAUUCGAAUGAUGAAGAUCAGAUGGAGCUUGAAUCAGGUGGACUUUAUAAACGACCAUCUCGUCGAGCUCGUCAAAAAGGUUCCUAUCAUGGUCUCCAACAUAAUCCCCAUCAUCACCAGUAUGUAUCCGGAAGUCCUUACAGCUCUGGCUCUGGCUCUGGCUCGUGCGUACUGACCACGUCUCUUAGUCACCAUCACAAGGCAGAAGAGGAAGCUGCCGCAUUGGCUAGACUACAUCAGCCACUCUCUACUGGCUUUUUUGGUCUAUCAUCUACUCCUGUGGACCCCCUGGCGGGGAAUCCUUACGAUCACCGCCGUGUCCCCCAGCCUCCCACUGCCGCCGCGUCUCCUAUUCGAGAGCCCCGCACCACCGUCACUCUGGCACCACUCCUCUCCAGCAUCGCCCAUCUUCCUCGUCGACAUCUAGGGUCAACACUUUAUACCCCUCUUAUCGGGACCCCUUCGUCCAAGUCUUCUUCGGAAAGUUCCAAAUUUGGUUACAGCACAACUCCGCAACCUCUUCCACGAUUUGAAAAUCAUGAAAACUGCACUUUCACUGUCCGUGUACCUCGUUUCCUAGUUGAUCGAAGUCGCCGUGAAGAGAUCUGCGCACGGCGAGCCCUGUGGGGUACCGGUGUAUACACAGAUGACUCUGAUCCUGUCGCCGCUGCCAUCCACUCAGGCUUCAUCCGAGGUGCUUGGGGUGAUGAUGUGGACGAGUCCAUGCUUGAUCUAGAAAUCAAGGAAACCUACGAGCAUGCGCCCCCGGCCACUGAAACCACCGAGGGGCCUCGCCUACCGCCUAUCCCUCCCCCCAACCAGGAUCUUCAAAUCACACUCUUGAUCCUUCCCCGCUUGGAGCGGUAUGAUACGACAGUCAUGUUUGGAGUCAAAUCCCGAAAGUGGGAUGGGCGGCAUGACGGUAUGAGUUUCAAGGUGCAUCGCGUGGAUUGGGUGGAUGGAGGGGUUGCACGCGGCGAGCAGCGAACCGGCCAAGCCAAACGAAAGCGGAUGGAGUAUCUCUUCCAAGCGGGAAAAAUUUGCACGGCGAACAGCGUAGCCAGGACGAAGGAGCUCCGGCAAAGUGGAGUGCAGGUUCCCCGGACCAUUGACGGUCAGGGGCAUCGUACUCCCGUUCAACCAGUCUCCUAG